GGCGAGGAAGCAACGGCGUAUCUCUCUCGUCGGCGGCAGGUGCAUUCGUUGCAUGACCGAGGGUCUGACCUCAUUCUAUGGCUUAGUCGAUUGUAGCACUCUGCCCCGCUUCACAAUGCCCGCUGCUCAGCCUUUGGAGAAGACCAAGAAGGUGACGGUCGAGAACAAUGGCGCCCAGGUGGUGUUCGAGGUGCCCGAGAGGAUGGAGCUUAUCCGCAAGGUGGGCUCAGGGGCCUAUGGCGUGGUCGUGUCGUUCAAGGAGAAGACCACCGGUCAGAAGGUGGCGGUCAAGAAGGUUGAGAACGCAUUCAACGACCUCAUCGACGCCAAGCGCAUUCUCAGGGAGAUUCGCAUCCUCGGACACCUCAAGCAUGAGAACUUCAUCGGCAUACAGGUGGGCGGGCAACACGCACACGGCGGAGAAAGAGAGAGAGAGCCCAUGUGUGUGUUGGCUUCCAUCGAUUGGCUCUGUUGUGUCAGGACAUGUAUCCGCCCAAGAGCCCCGACUUCGAGGACAUCUACAUCGUGACCGACCUGAUGGAGACGGACCUGCACCGAGUCAUCUACUCGAAGCAGGAGCUCACCGACGAGCACUUCCAGUACUUCAUCUACCAGCUCCUGCGCGGCCUCCUGUACCUCCACUCAGCAAACGUCCUGCACAGAGACCUCAAGCCCUCAAACAUCCUCGUCAACAAAAACUGCGAUCUCAAGAUUUGCGACCUCGGACUGGCCAGGGGGCUGGCCGAGUCGGACAGCGCCGGCGCAGAUGCGCCGCUGACCGACUACGUGGUGACCCGGUGGUAUCGCGCGCCUGAGGUGGUGCUGGACGCGAGCAACUACGGGCGGGCGGUGGACGUGUGGGCGGUUGGGUGCAUCUUCUGCGAGCUGCUGGGUCGGCGUGCGCUGUUCACGGGCCGCGACCACCUGGACCAGAUCAAGCAGAUCAUCAACAUCCUGGGGACGCCCAAGGAGGAGGAUCUGCAGUGGCUGCCGCAGGGCGGGGCGGCGCGGCGGUUUCUGACCAAGAUCCCCAGCAGCAAGGGCAAGCGGCUGACCGAGGUCUUCCCCAAGGCCAACCCCGACGCACUCGACCUCGUCUCCAAGAUGCUCGCCUUCGACCCCAACAAACGCAUCUCGGUCGAUGACGCGCUCAAACACAAAUACUUCGAGGUAAGUGAAGUGAGCACUGCACACGUGCAAUGCGUGUGUCCGGCCGGCAGCACAGUGAGUGUGUGUGUGUGUGUUGUGUGCAGGGUUUGCACAGCGAGGAGGACGAGCCGCGCUGCGACACCGCCAUCGACUGGUCCUUCGACAACUUCCAACCCACCAAACCACUCCUGCAACAAAAGGCAACCACACACACACACGCACGCACACGCACACGCACAUGCAUACGAGUGAACCUUACUGUCCGUCUGUGUGCUGUGGGUGUGUGCAGGUGUACACUGAGUGUGCGGUGUUCCAUCCGGACAUUCUGGACCGCGAUGCGGCGGCCCUCAAGGAGAAGGGGUGGGACAGGGAGGCCAGGAAGCGGCUCGCCGAGGCCGAGACGGCACGCAAGCAGAGAUCAGAGGAGAGCUCUACACAAUGACUGACCGUGCAGUCGAUGAAGACCUUCUGUGUGCCUGGCUGGUUGGUCCAGUGGCUGUGUGCGGUGAAGGUGAAGGUGUGAUGAGGGCGGGCGUCAGAGAUGACCUGGGUGUCACUUCCUCUCUUGAAUGGACAAGGCGGAGUCGGG